GGGCACCCCAUAUAAAACCCUCCUAUUUUUACCAUUCUUUACCCCCUCCAAAAAUUAUCUCCUCUCACAAGUCACAUCCCCCUCCUCCUUCCCCUGCGCUGAAUUUGUUCCGCCAAAAAACCUACAAGCAACGAUCGAGCUACAGUGCCGCACUCAACCCAUGAUUGAGCCACAUCAUCUUCUCCGUAGAAACUCGUCUUCAAUGGAACUAAACGGGGAUGAUACAUCUCAGUGGGUUGAUAACUCACUCUUGGAUAGCUUGACUUUUGGAGAGCUAGGUGAUGAAGGUGGAGACGAUGGUCUUACGCCGGUUGUCGUUGAACUGGAUGUGAGGUCAAGGGAGGACGAUGAACAAGCUAUAGAGGUCGAAGGCUUGAGUAUGUGUUGUUGUCUUUGAUUUGGUUUCUUGAUUUUCUUGAUUUUGUUUUCUUGAUUUUUUAAGGAAUUUUAGAUAUGAAAAGGGUUCUCUGUCUAACAGACAACUUAUAAUUGCAGUGUCUGUCUACUGAAACUUAGUUUCAUAGUUGUUUGACCCAUAUGUAUAAUGUUUGUCUGACAAACAAUGUCAUUUGUUUGUUUACUUAGAAAUAACGUCUGUAUGGGCAUGCAAGUAUUGGUAAAAGAGUGUUUU